GCAAUCAAGAAGAAGACAUAGUAGUAACAGGUGAAGAACGAGAAGUGCGAGUUGUAGUUAUUGGUAAAACUGGGGCAGGAAAGAGUGCCUUAGGAAACAGUUUGCUCAAUCUAAAGGGGGGUGACAUAUUUCCAUCGAAAUUUAGUGCAUGUUCCGUUACAAAAAACAUUGAGCUAAAACAAAAGGCUGUGCAUUCUGAGGAUGGAAAUAUCAUUCUGAAGCUAUUGGAUACUCCUGGGUUAUCAGACACUACCAAAGACAACAAAGAAACGGCUAAAGAACUGGUCAAAUGUAUCGAAGGGUUAGAGCCAGGUCCACACGUCUUUGCUGUCGUCUUCAAAUUGGAUAGAAUUUGCGGGGAUAUAAUUGACAAUAUACAGUUUCUGAAAGACACCUUUGGAAGUUGCCUUGAAAAGUACGGAAUCAUAGUUUUGACGGGUCAAGACAAUUUGGAUAAGAACGAAUCGUUUGAAACGUGGUUAGAAUCAGCCAAUGGUGAAUUCCGGCAUUUUCUUGAUGUUUAUUGCAAUGGUCGAUAUGUUUUGAUAAAUAACGAAGAGAAGGAACCCAAGAUAAAACAAUCGCAGGUGAGGCAUGUGAUAAACCUCAUUUUAAAAACCAUCAAAAUCAACAAUUGGGAUUAUUAUAGAAAUGAGAUGUACGAAGAGGCUAAAUCAAUGUAUGAAUAUAAAAUAAAACAGAUAGAGGAAGAAAAAUCGAGGAUUGAAAGGCUACUAAGGGAAGAAUUGGAAGCAAAAAAUAAAGAGAUAGGCCAUUUGAAAACGGUGGAGAACGAACACGAGGAGCAACAAAAUCAAGCCAUUAAAAACUUGCAGCAGGAGAUCCAACGGUUAAAACAGCUUGAAAAUGAGAAUAAAGGCACCCUUAAGAGACUGGACGAGCUGGAAAGAGAAAACGAUGAGUUGAAACAACAGAAACGGGCCUUUGAAAGUUUACAACAAUUAAACAAAGAGCUUACCACAGAACUCAAUCAAAUUAAAAGGGAAGAUGAAGAGAAGCUGAAGAGAUUGGACGGGUUACAGAGGGAAAACGAUGUUUUGAAACGGGCUCGUUAUGAAGUAGAGCAGUUAGAACUACAGAAUGUAUCAGUGGGAACUGUUAUGAAUACACAACAGGGUACUAAUACAUAUUUAAAAGGAAUGGCAGUCAAUUAUUAUUCGCAUAAGGAAUCCCCCGAAACGAUGAUGCAACGAACACGACACAUGGUUUCAGAACAAUUAAAAGACACGGGUUUGGCAACUACUGAGUCAGAUCUACAAUCCAACAACACUGAACAAACUGAGAACCAAAUGGUAAAUACUUUACCUUCGACAAUACCAAAUAUUAACAGAAUGACUGAAGAUAUGGCUAAACUCGAAGCUAACCAGGAGCUUGUUGAUUUAUCUGAAUCACUACAUACCAGCUGUAUGUAUGGCACUUUACAAAAUGUAAAAGAGUUGAUAGACAGUGGCAAAGACGUUAAUGGACGAGACAGAAGAAAUAUGACCCCUUUAAUGUAUUGCGCAAGAUCAGUUAUACAUCCAGUGCCUAAAAUUAAAUUAUUGAUGUCUUACAAUGAGUCUGAAAUUAAUCAUAAAGAUGGAAACAGUGACAGCAUAUUGCACCACGCAUGUCGUGAGGGUACAUUAGACACUGUCCAAUAUUUGGUACAAAAUAUUGGUAUGGAUGUAAAUAUUAUAAAUUUAAAGGGACGAACACCCCUUUUCGACUGCUGUCAAUCCAAAAUAGAUGCCAUUGCGAAGAUUGAAUUAUUAGUAGCUGAAGGUGCUAAUAUUUUGGACCCCAGAUUAAACGAAGGGCUGUCAUGUUGCUGUACUUAGGAGUGAUUUGGUUGAACGGGAAGAAUAAACACACUCCCUCAAAAGCUCAAGUAUCAUAAGUCAAUCCAGCAAUGGACAGAGAGGGAUUUCUCGGGCCAUUUCUUCAGGAAUAUGUAUUCCUUCAUGUGUAAUAGAGGGUUCUUGGUUUAUUUUUGUUUUAAGUAUUCUGACUAUGUCGUUACUUUUCAUAUUUAUUGUGAUUUUUCGAGAUGCAGAGGACAGUAUGUUAGUUCAGUAUAAGGACAAAAACAAAUCCAUAAGGUGAAGUAGCUAAGGGGGUAGUCUUUUGUGGGGUCAGAAUCGGUAGGUCUUUAAUAAAUGAUGCUCACUAGACGACAUGAAACAAAAAUGAUCCACGGCUAUUUUCACAGAAUCAAAUGAAUUCUAAGAUAUCAUUUGUAUACGAUCACAUUAUUAUGUGGACGUAUUAUUCCGCUGUCCCUUUCCUUUUGUAUGUCUGUUCACAUUUGUUUGUGGACAAUAUAGAGGUACUAAUUUUAUAUUUUUAUCUCUGGUGGGUUCGUACUUCUUUGAGUGGCAUUAAGUAAUUGAACAGUAACACACUAACACUAUUUAUGGAAUAAGCAAAUUUGCUUAAUAAAGAUGAAAGUAUCAUCUUGGAAACGUUGCAUAUUAAUAAACCAGUUAUUGUUAUUCCAUCAAUAGUGUUAGUGUGCUAAGUUUGUCAUCAUCGCUUUGAUCAGUGCUUGUUAUAUAUAAUGUCUAUAUUUAUGGCUUCUUUUUACUGUAUAUAAAUACUAGGUGUUUUACAUAUAUGUUAUCAUUUGCUCGAAACGUUGCAUGAAUCAAUUCAGUUGAUUGUCUGAAAACGUAUUCCAUCCUAAAAUCGCCGUGUUACACAGAAGGGGCAGACUGGGUGAUUGAAAGUAUUGUAUAGGGGUUCGCCAUGAAAGCGAUUCAAAUAUCCAGCUAAAUAUUUCUUACUGGUAGCCAUUAAAAAACAAAAAAACACUUUUAUAAUGUCACGAAUAAAUAUAUUGUAAAUUAAAUCACAGCUUUUAUUUCUUUAUAAAUAUAAAACAUUUAUGUAAAUCUGUACAUUUAACGAAUAUAAAAAUAUCUUCAAGUCCAAGUGACUUGCUUGUAUUAAAAAAAAU